CCCACACUUCCUCAGUUGAGUUCCCAACCUCAACACCUCUCUCUCUCUCUCUCGUGUCAAAAAGAACCAAAAAAAAAAAAAAAUGUCUCACAGUCACAGCAACAAGAGAAAGCUCCCUCUGAGCUCAGUGGCAGUGGACGUUGGCUGCAGCUGCAGGAAAUCCACCAAGCUCUUCAGCUUCCUCCACCCCAAGCCCAAGGUCGUCUCCUCCUCCUCGGCCUCCUCCGCCGCCUCCUCCUCCUCCCAGCUCUACCGCCAUACCUCUUCCUCUGACGACAGCAGCAGCUACUACUCCCUCCGCCAUCUGCUCGACACCGAGUCUGCCCUCAAGGCACCCCACAAGCCCGUGAAAGGCUUCGGGCGGAUCGACGGCGAGGGCAUCGCGGUCGAGAAGGACUCUGACGACCCUUACUUGGACUUCCGGCACUCGAUGCUCCAGAUGAUCCUCGAGAACGGGAUUUACUCCAAGGACGACAUGAGGGAGCUCCUCAACUGCUUCCUACAGCUCAACAGCCCCUACUACCACGGCGUCAUCGUCCGGGCCUUCACCGAUAUCUGGAACGGCGUUUUCUCCGUCAGGUCACCCUCCGUCGAUCACUACUGUCCUUCCACACCCUCUCCAGCCGAUAAUAAUAAUACUUAUAAUCCCUAUGGCUGUGGCUACUAUUACAAGUCUUCAUGGGAGUAUUGAAUCGGCACGGCGCGACAAUACUUGUAUCGACAUAGUUUAGUAAUCAACUUCUUAAAAUAACAUUCAUGCCUACAUUUGGUGUCCGUACACAGUCCUUCGAUCUCGGCCUGUCGGGGUUGAUCUUCUGUGCAGACACCAAGUGUAGGCAAGAAAUUAAACUGAUAUGCGUGUGGUAGGACUGGUGCAGUUUCUUUAAUCGAUGCGCAUUAGCCUUCGGUUUUUCUGGGCUACGGUUCUAAUCUCAGAUCAGUAGUUAUUUUAGGAUUUCGUCAAUGUAUGGGGUGUUUUUCAUUUCGUUUGAUUUCAUGUUGCAAACUAAUUAAGAAGGCAGGGAAAGAUCAUAAACAUGAAAGCUUGCCUGUUAGUGCUUAUCAAAUGUAAUGCAUUGUUCAGGUACGGAUUCUGUUUGGAUCUUAUCUUGUGGAAA